AUGUGGAACGACGGCUUCGAAGACGCCAACGCCAUGGCCGCGAUGGUGAAUUUCUUUCGACCUACCAAAUAUGCGUCACUGCACGACGUCGACGCCGAGAAGGCCACCCCGUCCAAACAACCCUCUCUUGGCUCUAUCGCCGAAGAAUCUGCUUCUGAGACAAGCAGCCAGCCGUCUGAAGAUACAGUCUACGAGAAAGACCUCCCAUGCCCUCCAGACGGGGAGGGACACAAGCCCGUGAACGCACGGAUCGUCUCAGACGCCAUCAUUGGGUUAUCCGACGGUCUCACCGUGCCUUUCGCCCUCACUGCAGGCCUCUCAGCGCUGGGCAACACCAAAGUCGUGGUCUUCGGCGGCCUGGCCGAGCUCAUCGCGGGCGCCCUUUCCAUGGGCCUGGGUGGCUAUCUUGGGGCCAAGAGCGAAGAGGCCGCCUACAGAGCCACCUAUCGCUCGACGCAGAGCAAAGUGGCAGAGAGUGUCGGCGCCAACUCGACAGCCGAUGAUGAUGUCAACGGAAGAGGCAGCGACCUAUCUUCUGAGAUCACCUCCGUCUUCGCUCCCUACCAUCUCCCCCCAUGUACCCUCAAAGACUUCGCAUACCAUCUCAUCACCUCGAACAGUCCGGAGACGGUGGUUGAGUUUCUCAUGCGCUUCGAGCACGGCACACCCGAACCAGCAGCCAGCCGCGCCCUUGUAUGUGCCAUCACCAUUGCGACGGGAUAUUUUGUCGGCGGCUUCGUGCCUUUGAUCCCCUACUUCUUCGCCGGAGAUGUCACGCAAGGUCUGAUUUGGAGUAUCGGUAUCAUGGUGCUGGCGCUGUUUGCUUUUGGUUAUGUCAAGGCCGGCCUGGUCGAGGGCUGGAGCGGCUGGAGAAGUGUUCGAGCUAACCUCAACGGUGGCGGACAGAUGGUGCUUGUGGGAGGCGCCGCGGCAGGUUGUGCCAUGGCAGUGGUGAGGUUGUUCGACAGCUUUGUUGAUAUCUGA